GAGCUAUCAACAUCUGUAGAGUAUACGUAGCAUUUACUCACUAGCACGAUCAACACUUGUCAACUGGGUUGGAGACAUAAAACGAUGGCAGCUCAGACUUUUCAACAGGAAUAUAUGCAGAUGCCCCCAAUUACGCGGGCUUACACAACAGCAUGUGUUUUAACAACAGUCGCUAUUCAACUUGAUGUGAUAACUCCAUUCCAAAUCUAUUUUAAUCCAGACCUUAUAUUUAGAAAAUAUGAGGUAUGGAGAUUGGUAACAAAUUUCAUGUACUUUGGACCAAUUGGAUUUAAUUUCUUAUUUAAUAUGAUAUUUGCGUAUCGUUAUUGUCGGUUAUUGGAGGAAGGAUCUUUCCGUAAUCGAACAGCUGAUUUUUUUUUCAUGAUAAUAUUUGGAGCUGCUCUUAUGAUUGUUGUCGGUUUGUUUGUUAAUAUAGUGUUUUUAGGCAGUGCUUUCACUAUUAUGCUUGUGUAUGUAUGGAGUCGAAGAAAUCCCUUUAUUAGGAUGAAUUUUUUUGGGCUGAUGACCUUUCAUGCCCCAUACCUACCGUGGGUUCUACUUGGCUUUUCCGUCCUGCUCGGAAAUUCUGUAAUGGUGGAUUUAAUGGGUAUUGCUGUUGGACAUGUAUAUUACUUCCUAGAAGAUGUUUUUCCUCAACAAAAUGGAGGAUUCAAAUUAUUAAAAACGCCAGCAUUUUUAAAAUAUAUCUUGGAAGGAGCACCAGAGGAUCCUAAUUAUAACCCUCUUCCUGAAGAUCGGCCUGGAGGGUUUGACUGGGGAGAGGGACAGGCUGCAGGGAACAGAGAUCAGCCUAACCAGGGGUAGUGCGGACAUUAACACUUUUUAAAGAAGUCUCAAACUUACAGAAGAUAAAGAAAUCAAGGAAGAUGAGAUAUUUUGCCUACAUAUAUAACAUUAUAAUGACGGGCCAGUUGACUGGCAUUUAAACUGUUAAACAGUUGUGUGAGCAUGUAUUAAUGAGUACUUGUUAUGUAUACAUAUUCUGUAUAGUAAUAUAGAUUCUUGGAUAAGUCUUCAUUCAUCAUCUCACCAGUACAUAAUAUAUAUAUAUAGAAUUACCUAUCCAUGUAUAUUUUUGAAAGAUUUAUAUUUAUAUCUGUGACGUUUCAAAUGUUUAUUGUGUAGAUGUUUCACAAUUGUUCAGUGAUGCUACACUGCACCAGCGUUUCAAAGAAAACAGCCAUUUUUAUGAUUUGCAGAAAAAAUGUGGCCAUAAUGUUAGGAUCCUGAAUUUUACACAAAAAUGUCCAGUUUGAGUUUAUAACAUGAAGACCUAGAAUCACAAACUGAACUUGGUACAAUUUACACUGUGUGUGAUGAAUGUGUCCAUAUGUGAAUCAUGCCUAUUUCAAUUAAUUUGUUGUUUUCAAAUAUAUAUGGAUAACAUAACUUUGAAAGGUUGUUCAUCUUGAACUUUUAAAAUUGUUUUAAUUUGGAUUAUAAUAAUCAAUACAUAUUAGCUGUUAUCAAUCAAAAAAUAAAAAAAAACAGGAGAGACAUAAAAAGUGAUGUUAUUAUUUUAAACAAUGUAAACUUUUUUUUAAUUUGAAGGUAAUAACCACCUCUUCUCAAACUAUGAACAAACCUUUUUCUAGCCAAAUUUAUCAUGUGUUUAGUUCUGUCUAAACAUUCUUAGCUUUAAUAUGCCUUUAAAAUAGUGUUGUGGGAGGAAUUUAUUGAGAAAAGUGAGUUUAGAUCUUUUAUCCAAUGGCUUAUUUUCAGCCCUGUAUCAUCAAGGAAAAGAUAAUAUCUGCAGGAAAUUUUACCUGUUUAGAAGAUAAUUUCUUUCUUCACAUGAACGUUGUCUGUCUGCAGUUUCAUGUUCUCUAAAUGGGAAAUUUAGAGGCAAAUUUCUCAAUGAAUGGAAAAUAUGUGAAGUACCUCAAAUGAGCAAAUCGUAGAUGUGAUAUUUGGUAUGUAGAUGGCCAAGAUAGUGUACAGAAUUAACAUUCACUUAUUGUACAUUUUCUAUAUGCUAGGCAUUAUCAGUAAAACAUGUCAUCUACUACGUCCACAAUACUCUUGUUCACACAUGUUCAGAGUUGAACUGUAAGGUUGGUGUCCUCUGUUUGGUGGGAGAAACUAUCAAUACCUGUUGUGUUUGGAAUGAUUCUGAUGUUUUAUCAACUUUUUUACAUCAAUUUUUAGUCAAUUAAUUUAAUCAAAUCUAGUCUGAUACCAAAAUGUUCUUAGCACAUUUUAAUUAUUUUGACUAGAAACAGUGAUAUUAAAGCAGUCGGCCAAUCCUUAUGUAUUGAAUGGUUAGUAUAGCUGUUAAUGAUGUACAAUAUCUGUGUCACUUAGAUUCAGCAAGUGAAAACAAAGUGUUUUUCAUCAUAUACAAAUUUUGACCUCCAUGACCUUUACAUUAAACAUGGUGAGGAUGACCUUAA